UCUAUUUUUGAUAAUGUGUCUACAAUUAGGCUCUGCUAUUUGCGAAUUAUAUUAACUAGCGAAUUGCAGUUUAAGCCACAUCAGACCAUUUAAUAUGCGUCAUGACCCUCUCUGUUGUCCGGUUCGAACCACUCUCUACCCAUUCCGCAAUAUUAUUUAAACGCCGGUCAAUGCCAACCUUUUUUUUUUUUUUUUUUUCUUUGAUUUCCAUGCUCACGAUAACCAGCAAACUAUGGCACCCCACAAACACGACAUUGAGGUAGUGCAUGUCAAAGAUGGUCGACCGGAUUCCGGCAAGGCUGUGCUGGUAGACAGAGUCUGGCCUCGCGGUCAACGCAAAGACGAGGCACCGUGGGAUGAAUGGCUCAAGGAAGUCGCUCCAUCGACAGAACUACGACACUGGUACGCGCAUGACCCAGACAAGUACGAAGAAUUCGCCAGCCGGUAUAGGGACGAGCUCCACGACGAGGAACCCGCAAGUGCUUUCAAACACCUGCAGAAUCUACACCACAGCGGACAGCUGGUUCUGAUGACGGCCACUAAGGACCUGCAUCUGAGUCAAGCUCAUGUUCUAGCAGAUAUGCUAGCGGAAUAAGUGCGACGGGUGGAGUCGGUAGCCAAUGUGGAUAUAACCUGCGAAGGUCGAACAAAACUGCUAUGUAUAUACAAGACACUCAUCAGGCGCCCAAUGAUCAAAGUGCUUUGGCAAAGGCCCAGUCCAGCACUUUCUCCACUGGCUUGUCGAAAAUAUAUGGACAGAAUGGUACUACAGAUAACCCAAGGCCCAGGGUGCCAGUCGUCCGAAGACGUCUACUCUUCACGUCUUUCAUCAUCCAGCUGGCACACUUCAUGGCACUUUGGAUUGUGGCGGCAGGGAGCGCCAUGCUAGCCAGACUGUGAAAUAAAAUGCGCUGGACGCCAACAAGCCGAUAAUCCUUCGAAAGAGCAGCUACUCGGGGGUGAGCCGCGGCGUCCGCAUCCUGCACUUAUUAGUA